AGAAAGAAGAAUUCACCACCAAAUCUCUUCUUCUUCCUCUACUCCCCCGUCUCCUUCCAUUCUCCUCCACCGUCCCCCUUUCGCCGCCGCCGCCAACAAAUACAGAGCUGCCUGUGAUUCCUUCUCGAAGCUUCUGCCGCAUCGGUCCAUCUCCCGAAGCUUUUCAUCUGGUAAUUUUCUUCGUUCUUCUACAGCGAUGGUAUCGCGAGGCUAUUCAUUUCCUCUUUUCCUCUUCUUUUUCGUCGGAUCCUCCUUUGAAUCUAGAUCGGUUGGGAAGCUCGUGAAUCUUGCGCUGUAUUCAUCGGUUUUUUUGGAUUGGAGCUCUUUUAUUGAUUUAUGAGUUUGGCUUUGCUCGAUUGGUUAGAUCAAUUGAGCAGGAGGGUUUAUUAAUUCGACGGAUGAUUCAUCAAUUCGAAGGACUCGUUGAGGUUUUCUUUCAAGUGUUUUCUUUGUUCUUUUCUCUUCGCCCAUCUUCAAGUUGGGUUCGUUUACUUUUCUGUUCUUGGUUUUCUUUCAUUUCCUGUUUAGCGCUGACAUGGAACUUGGAACUGUAACUUCUGCUGAUGCUUGACUUUGAGGUGCGGGGGGUUGGAGUUUGAUCUCUUGAUACUGGAAAUUUGUUUGGGUUUUGCAUGUUGACUUCAAUACUCCCGACAACAAUGGAUGAUGCUAUGAUAUAUGUACACUAUUUUAUUCAUAAUUUCUGCUUGAUUGGUUUUUGACGGUGAGCAACUGAUAAGCACUAGUAUGGCCAGCGCAGAAGCUCUCGAGAGGGAUGUGUAGUUUGUUAUUUUACCUUUAGUUGUAGAGCCAUGGGUAUUUUAAUUGCGGAUUCAACUGUGCUAAGGCAAUAUGUCAUUGUUACUGAACAGUUGAGAGUGUCUGCAUUUGGAUUUGUCAAGUCUUUGGGUAGAAUUGGAUGUGCUCGUUGCAAGCCAACUUGAAAUUGUUUGGAUGUUUCUAUGUCGUCAUGAAUGCUGCAACUUGCUUGCUUUGGCUAGUGGUAUUUGGAAAUGGAAAUUCAGAAACUUUCCCAUAAUCCGAGUUUGAAGUCCUACUGUUGAUUUUAGAAGAUAACGGCUCAACGAAAUGUGCUCACUUUUUCUUUUAUUCAGUGAAACGAACAACAACAUGAAAGCUCCCUUAUGUUGUAUUUCUGAUUUGCAAGUUGUAGAAGAACAUUUUUUUUGCACACAACCGAAAUCAAGUUCUUCAAAAUUUUAAGUAUUGAAGUUUGUUAAGAUUUUCUUAUUCUGGGAUAAUUUGUGCGACAGUGCUGGAUUUUGCCUACUGCUUUCAUUUAAUUGUUCUGCGAAGUUGUUGCUUAUUUCAUUCGCAUACUUCCCUCUUUUUGAUUGAUUACCAUUACUGAAGCAAGCUGCCUUUAAUCAUGUCAUGUGACAAAAGUCAUAGUGUUUGAAGUUCUUUGCAAACUGUUGUGGAAAGGAUCUCAUAGGAGUGAAAUUUUACCUUGACUUGUAUGUGGCUCUUUUUGCAAAACAAGUUCUAACUAUGGUUUUCUUUACCCUAAUCACAAGUUGUUUUCUUUCUAGCUAAUUGUUUCUCGUCAGCAAUAUUCAGUCAUUUUGUGGCUUCUCGUGGCAUGUCAAAUGCUUUCCUUACUGUCACGCCUUUCAUGCAUGAUUUGUUAUGUUUAUUCUAUCUUCUUCCUUGCAAUUGUGAAUGAGGUCGUUUGCAGUUAAAAACUCAAACCUCAGACUAUAUGUGCUAGAUAGUUCGUCUCUAAUUUCAAGUUGUCAGUUUCUAUUAUUAUCAAUUCUGUGAUAGAGAUGCCUCGUAUCUGUUUGGUUCUGUGCUGUGUGGAAAUGAAGUCCAUAUCAUCCCAGGACUCUGAUCAUAUAGAUAGCAAGAAUGAAUUGAUGCUUCCUGCAUAGAUCCAGAUAAGACUUAUUCAGGCAUCAUUAACUAUAUACCUUGCCUUUGGUGCAGGAUUUGCCAUUGAGCUCAACUUACAGUGGUAGAUAAGUAAAAGAAAAUGGAUCUGAACCCUAUCAAGGAUGCAUUCGACCGUGUCACAAAGAAACAGAAGCUGUCCAGUUCCAAAGCUCAAGAAGUGAUCGACCUGAUCAUGCAAGAAAUCGAAACGACAUUAGCAAACAUGAAAUCAGAAACCAUCAGCGCUCCAUCAGACUGCAAUACUCUCCUGAUUGAACUGAAGAAAAAGCUGAAGGAAGUUGCUCCCCUCAGCCAGCUCGAAUCCACACAGAAGGAACUGAACAUAGCCUUGAGCAAGUACCCAAAGCAACUCGAGAAAGCUUUCAACCCAGACAUUUCCAAAGCUUACCGAAACAUCGAGUUUGACAUCCAUUCCCUUAACCAGAUCAUCGCCAGCCAUUUCUACCGGCAAGGUAUGUUUGAAAUUGGCGAUUGCUUCAUAUCCGAGGCCAGCAAGGAGCCCGACUGUGCUCUUGCAGCAAGAAAACUCUUCUCAGAAAUGUACACAAUUCUCGAGGCUGUCAAAAACCGGAACCUGGGGCCCGCAUUAUCCUGGGUUGCUGCCAACUCGGUGAAGCUCAGAGAAAACGGGUCGGACCUUCAACUCAAGCUCCACCGACUACAGUUUGUGGAGAUACUUCAAACUGGCAGCAGAAAGGAAGCUCUCAAUUAUGCAAGGACCAACAUCGCUCCAUUUGCUGGCAAUCACUUUGCGGAGCUCCAGAAGAUUAUGGCAUGUCUUCUCUGGUCAGGAAAGCUAGACCGAUCUCCUUAUGCAGAGCUACUAUCCCCAGAGAACUGGAGCUCAGUCGCCGAGGAAGUGACGCGUCAGUUCUGCAGUCUCAUGGGCCAAUCCUCAUCAGCCGAGAGCCCCUUGGGCGUGACAGUAUCAGCAGGGUUCCAGAGUCUGCCACCGCUGCUGAAGUUCAUGACGGUGAUUGCAGGGAAGAAGCAGCAGGAGUGGCAGACCAUGAAGCAGCUGCCAGUCCCUGUGGAGCUGGAUGGAGCAUUUCAGUUCCACUCGGUGUUUGUGUGUCCAGUGUCGAAGGAGCAGUCGAGUGAUGAGAACCCGCCAAUGUUGAUGUCGUGUGGACACGUGCUGUGCAAGCAGUCGGUGAAUAAGAUGUCGAAGAACAACGCCAAGAGCUUCAAGUGCCCGUACUGUCCUACUGAGAUUGAUUCGACCAAGUGUCGACAGCUGCAUUUGUGAAAGACAAGUGUACUACUCCUGGGAAGAUUUAAGAGUACUGUAAUGGUGGUCUGUACAUUUAGUGGUUUGUUGUAUGAUCUCGGAACUGGUUUCGUGGGUGGUGUUUUAAGUUUGUGCUCUGAUGGCUGGGGAGAAGAUGAUUUGUUAGCUCUUUAAUGUACCAAGAAGAUCAGACGCAGGUACCCUGUA